CCGGCUAAGCCUACGUAUUCGGCCGCUCCAAGCCGCCCACCCAUCUAAAAUACAGAGGAAAAACCGGGGGAAAACAUCGGAAAAAUCAACGAAAACAAAGGAAAGGCGUUUCAUUCUCUUUUUCGGAAAUCUGUGGCGAAGGAGAGCACGGAGAUCGGCGGGGGAUGUAGGUUCCGGUUGGGGUUUUUUCUCGAGCAUACCGGUUUUUGUCCGAGUUGUGGCGGUGUGAGCGGCAGAGGGCCGAGGAGGUUGAGGGCAGGGGCGCGGAGGGGGGCCUCGCGGCAGCCGGCGAAGGCGGAGGGCGGCGGGGAGGAGAGAGAGGAGGAGGCGGAGCAGGGCGAGGAAGGAGAGAGGGCAGGACGUUGAGGGCAGGGGCGCCGAGGGUGGCCUCGCGGUGGCCGGCUUCAUCCUCUUCUGUGUUUCAGCCGAUUGAAGAGUAUGAGGGAAAUUGUGACAAUCCAAGUUGGCAAUUUUGCAAAUUAUAUUGGUUCUCAUUUUUGGAACUUCCAGGAUGAGUUACUUGGGUUGGUUGAGGAACCACAUGGAGAUCCUGUUUUCAAGAAUUCAUCCUUGGAUAUGGAUGUGCUUUAUCGUGCUGGUGAAACACAACAGGAUCUCUUGGUUCUCGAAGCUUAUCAGGUUCGUUAUUUGACAACAUUUCACCAUAUGAUACCACAGAUAUUGUUACAUGGACUGGCAAUGUCUCCAGAUGCGUAGCAGAACCUCACAAAAAGAAUUUAUUUUUGCAAAGCUUAGCUGAAGAAGACCAGCAGAAUUCGGCUCUUUAUGCAAAUGAUCCCGACAAAGAGAAGAGCAGUCAGAAACAAAUUCAGGAUAAGGAUCGGGUUGAGUGCCUAGAAAGCGGGGUUAAAUUUUGGACGGACUUCUCUAAAGUUCACUAUCAUCCUAGGAGCCUGUAUGAACUGGAUGGUUCAUGGACAGAUGUCCAGAAGUUUGACAACUAUGGAAUUGGAAAGGACGUUCUUUCAGCAGGGCUGCAAAUAGAAGAGAUGAGUGAGAGGCUUCGGUUCUUUGUUGAAGAAUGUGACCAUAUUCAGGGAAUUCAAUUCAUUGUUGAUGAUUCGGGAGGUUUUUCCAGUGUGGCUGCAGAAUAUUUGGAGAAUAUUGCAGAUGAAUAUGCAAAUACACCAGUAUUGCUUUAUGCUGCAAAAGAUCCUGGUGCUUAUGCAUUUCCUGUGAGCCAGAAGGAAUCUAUAACAAGAGUUCUUCAUGAUGCCAUCUCUUUUUCAAGGCUAUCUUCCUUGUGUAAAUUGAUGGUACCAGUUGGACUGCCUUCUCUAAGUAGAAGUAAACUAUCCUCUGUACUUCAUGUGGAUGAUCAGAAGCUUUUCCACAGCAGUGCUGUUUAUGCUGCUUCAAUACACUCAAUAAGUAUUCCCUUUCGGAUGGAACUGCCUGGACCAACUGCAACCUCAUCAUAUGUUUCUGGUGCUGCUGACGUUGGUGAGGUUAUACACAUUUUAGCAGGUCAAGCAAGGCAAAACAUGGUGACUAUUCUGGACACGGCCAUGCCAGCUCCAUCUUUGACAGAUGAACACAACCAAGGAUUUAUCCACAGGAACUUGCACCCUUUAACCCCAGAAGUUGAAGAGGAUGAUGAUGAUUUGUAUGCAGUAGAAUCAUUGAUUAUCCAUGGAGCCCUUCAUUCAGGUCAUCAUCGGGCUUCCAUUUCACAAGUGAAGGACUCAAUAUAUGCUUCAUACCUUGGUGGAUCUCAAAAACCAAUGUUUGCACAUCUCUCGAUAGCCCUUUGCCCACUUCCAAUACCACUGCCGUUUCCAUCAAUUUUUGGAAGCUCUGUUGGCCCACAUGGUCAGUUGUCGGGCAAUCAAAGUGAAGGAGCUCAAUCAAGAGGAUCGCUUGAAAUUGAUUCUGUACCAAUGGCUGCAAGGCUACGGUCAAGUAAGGCUGUUAUGCCUCUUAUAGAGAAAAGGCUUGGGAACCUUCGCAAGUAUGGGACAGCAAGAGGAGCUCCAGGUGCUGAUCUGCUUAGAAGUUGGGGCUUUGGAAAAGAUGAGAUAGAAGACAUGGGAGAGUUCUUGUCUAGAUUGUUGAUGGUAUUUGAUUCUUGUUCCGAAACAUCAUCAGAUUCAGAUUAGUUUUUCCAUCCCCUUCAUGGGUUGUGUUUGCAUGAAAAGCUCUGUAUUUAGUUGUAAGGAUGAUUGUGAAAUUUUGUGGCGAGCGUGUCUUAAUUUACAAAUGUCAUCGGAGCAAGUCAGAGCCAGUCAGCGUUGGAGACCCUAGCCCUUCUGGUCAUUUUUUAUUGUGUGGGAUCAGAGCAUUGUUUGCAGAGCUGGUACUUUAACCAAAUAUAUGAUUUACAGUGUCUUGUUAUCC